AUGUCUGUCACCACUCUCCCCCCGGAACUUGUCAUUCAAAUCUGUGGAUACCUGGAGCUAGCCGAUUGGUGCGCCCUUCGCCUGACCUGCAAGACACUCUUUCUUCAAUCGCUGGAAGCUUUCGCGGGCUUGUCUUUCCGUACAAUAUGGGUACUAGUGACAAGUGAGAGUCUUAGCCGCUUGGCAGCGGUUGCUGGGAACGCAAAUUUUCGCACGCGCGUGAAGGAUAUCUGCAUAGUCCCUAUUUUAUUCGAAGAAACACUUGAGGAAGAGAGCUCGCGCCCGCGCAACCUAUCUAGAGCGCCAAAAAGCACACCUGUCUGGACCGCUAUACAUGGACAGGAAUCUCUGACCGGUGCUGAACUCUGCAGCCGUUCGACCGCCUACCAGGCUAUUGUGGCGGAUCAUCGUCACAUCUUGAACACGGGUUUCUUUGCAAGAACCUUUUCUGAAUCGCUCGCUUGCUUCGAGAAUCUAGCAUCUGUCGGACUGCGAUCAUGUCCCACCUGGGUCCUACUUGAUUCGACCCGGCCAGUGGAAUUCCCCUGUUUAGGGAUACGCCGGCUCCGUAAUCAGCUACCCUGUGUCAUGGAAAUUGCCUCUGCCAGGUUCCCGGGGCCUUUAAAGAAAGUGGCAGGCAAUACACAUGCAAGGGCUCUUGCGGCGAUAGUAAAUGGUAUCGUCAUAGGAAAGCCAGAACUCCGGAGAUUCGAGAUGUGCGACAGUCGCCAUUGUGGCGUGUCGGCACAGGAUCUGAUAGCCCUCACGACGACAAAACCGAAGUACAAAGAUUUCCUAAUCCUGUUACGGAACCUCGAAGCCCUCCAUCUGUGCCUGUGUAACGCGGACAAAGUGCCCGCCAGUGAAGGUAACGACGAUCGUCUGCAGGAUGCACUAGAGAUGGUGGAAACCGCUGCACCCAGCUUACAGACCCUCACCUUCUCGCUCUCUUGUGCCCCAUUCAAGCACCUCUCGCCACGCACUUUCUCCCAGUUGUCGCAGCGCGUUCACUUUACGCGGCUAGUGGAGCUUGAAAUCCGUGACAUUGAUUUCACUCGCAGUGACCUUCAAGCAUUCCUCCGCUCCGCUACAACCACUCUCCAGCGUCUUAUCUUAUUCAAGGCAAGCCUAGUCGACACUAUCACGCCCGCCUCUUCCUGGGAUUACCGCGCCCCUUAUGUCGACCGAAGGCAAUGGCGUAAAGACUACAAGUCAGAGAUUGGACUUCGGUGGCGGGCAGUUUGGGAAGACCUUCGCCACGAUCUCCUCUCACUCCGGUAUCUCCGCAUGGACACGCUGUUAUUCUGCGGCCAUAUGAUCGAGUUUGCUGAUCCUCCGCGGAGCCUCGACGUAAAACGACAGCGGGCGCGCCGUAUCUACACUGUCACUUUCCAAGCUGACCACGCCCAUACCACACUGGGCGAAUGGAUUAGCGAUCUCAAGCCUACUCCGUCCGAGACGGUCUUUGGUAAGUGGUUUGCCGCGUUUCUGUUUGGGCCCCUUCACUGCUGGUCUUGA